AUGGGAGCAGCUUCUCCUAUGAGUGCUACCACAAGCCUUGGAGCUGAAUUAGCUUAUGGAUCUGGAUACAUAAAUCCUUUAAAAGCUGUUGAUCCAGGACUUGUGUACGAAGCACGUAAAGAAGACUGCAUAAAACUUCUAUGCAGCAUUUACGAUGAAUAUACGGUCAUACUCAUUUCAGGAGAUGAUUCAGUCACUUGCUCUGAUGGUCAUAAGAAGUCAUCACCAACGAAUCUGAAUUACCCUUCUAUGGCUGCCGCACUUGGAGCUAAUACGCCUUUCACAUUAAGCUUUCGCCGAACAGUUACCAAUGUUGGCGUAGCUAAGUCGACAGACAAAGCAAAGUCUCCACAAGUUCAAAACUCAAAAUCAAAGUGGUGCCUGAAGUCUUCUCCUUUAAGGCCAUCAAUGAGAAAAAAUCUUUCGAUAUGA